ACGCCACUAUUGUGGGCCGCUGAGAGAGGGCACGAUGGUGUGGUCAAGUUAAUAUUUCAGACAAGUAAGGUUGAUGUGAACUGUAAGGUCAGGUGGUCCGGUCGGACGCCGCUCUCUUUGGCAGCUGAGAAAGGGCAUAAGGCCGUAUUUCAGCUACUCCUUGAGAUAGACAAGGUCGAGAUUGAUUCAGAGGAUGAUUCUGGUCAGAAACCGCUCUCAUGGGCAGCCAAGGGAGGGCACGAUGAUGUGGUUAAGCUACUACUUGAAACAGACAAGGCCAAGGUUGAAUCAGAUGACAAAUGA